AUGACCGAGCCGGAGGAGUUGAGUGAGACCGAACGAACUUGUCGACGAUGCCUUAUUUUUGGCUACAGAUUUGUUUGGGCCACAUUCGUUAGUUGGCAGCUAUUCGAUUUUCUGUUUAGCCCUAUUUGGAUGCAUGGAUAUUUGUGGUGAGGUUGUUUGAAUGAGUAAUUUUUUUUUAAUGGGAAGGGUUUGAAGUAAGAUGCUGAGAUUUCGUAUCAGUCUGUCGGGAAAAUAAUGAGCGCAACGUCGCUGCGCAGGUUGCGUCGUGAGGUGAAAAGCAAUUUGAUUUUUCUGCGACACAAUUCAUUUUCUCGGCGGCGAUGCGAUUUUGAACACGAUAUUUUGCUCAUUAUUUUCCCGACAGAGUGAUAUAAACUUAGCAUAGAAGUUUGGCAAGCGCUACAUACCAACUGCUUUAGGUUUCUGCGCUGUUUGAUGUGGCCGGGAUUCUCAACGUUUUUUGAUAAGGGUAUACAGAGAACGGAGAGGGAUCAACCAGAAAAAAAAUUUCUAGUCACAUCUUUGUGUUUACACGGUCUGCCGGGAUUACCAACACGCGGAAAGCGGUCAAAUAUAAUAGAAAAUUUUUGGCACCUUUGCAAAUUUAGCGAGAAAAAUUGGUUCAUUUGUUUUGCGUAGAAAACAUCUAAUCUUGAAAUACGAUUAAAAUUUUUUUUAACAUAAACUAAAAAGUGUCAAAAUUUCAAAAGUUUUCGGUCUAACAGGCUCUUUUCUUCUGCCAAGUGCUCGCUAGAAAUCAUCUGCUUUAUAAGAAAUAGGAGUACCCUAAAUUCGCCCCAGAUUUCAUCAAAAUCUGAGCGUCCCACUUUUAACACUUCCUCUAUUCAUUUAUGUUUUGUUAUGGCCAAAGAAUAAAAUUUAAUCCGGAAUAAUUUCAGGUCGCUUAACUUGCCAGUUGACACAGACUUCAGUGACAAAACGGCAGGACAUAUUCUAGACCACCAGUUGAGGAAAGUGGGCCCGAUUGAAAAGAUUCUCGACAGCGCAUUGGUUGUUGCAUCGAUAAUCGUUGUAUUACGGUAAGUUAUAUACAAUUCUAUGGCCAUGCGAGUUGCUGAAAAUAGUCACCUUUUUUUAAAAUGCUACAAAUCACAUAAUAUUUACAAAAAAGUUGAUGAACUCAUUUUUCAGAAUCUCAGGCUACUCGGAGCGGAAUCACACAGUGUGGGAAUGGCUUCGACUUUCCAUGUACUUGGGUGCAUUCUCAGCCUUUGCGCGUUGCACACAAACCAAACAAAGACUGUUUACAGUACUCCAUGACAUCUUUUUCAUUUAUCUGAACAUAUUCCUGACUGGCAUUAUCAUGACAAUUCGGUGGCCGGAGAAAAGAGCUCAACAAGUCGAAAAGUAGGGAGAUAGUAAGACCAUUCGUAUAUCAAAAUUUUUAGUUCCACUGUUGACCUAAAUAAUGCCAAUGAAGAAGUCCACAGCGAACCAAUAAAGACAUCAGAAGAGCCUGAGAAAAGGCAGCUAGAAGUACAUAACGAAGCGGCUAUAUUGAGGUCGGGAUGA